GUUAGGUUUAGCUUUAGGGAAAGUGGUACUAUGCUUCAUAUGGGCUAUUGCAGCUACCUCUGUUUUUUCGAUAGGGAUAACAACUGUUUUUUAUAGACAAUUACCUUAUUUGUAUUCUGUGUCUGUGUUUUCCGCGCACCAUUUGGCCACUCACAAUUCUCAGAUCUCUACCCAGCUGGCCCUUGAGCGACAUUUUGAUCGUAUUCUCACUUAGUAGAUACCUACACGACGAAAAGGAACCAACAAAAAUGGUGUGGUGCGAUGAGUGCGAGCGGUACGGGCAUCACAGCGAUUAUUGCAACGCGGUGUGGUGUGACGAUUGUGGACGAUGCAUUCAAUCUGGCGCCAACAAUUGGCAAUCCAACAAGAACAAUCUGGCGCAGCACGCAAAGACGCACCGCCCCCGCAAUCUCGCGUGUCCGGUGUGCGGCGAGCAACGCUUCCACUCCGCAACGGGUGUGGCCCUCCACUUCGAAGGUGGUAACUGCACCAAAUGCCGGAACCCGGGGCAAGCAGCUGGCCUGACGUACCAGUUCGUGCGUAAUCAGGCUCCAAACUUUUUGAAUCAUGCCAUUUGUGACCGAGAUUUCACGCACGAGGUCAAUCCGAAUUACGUUCCGAAUAACGCCUACAACUGCCCCACCUGCGGAAAGAACUUUUCAAAGUUUGCAAGCUUGUCGCAACACAUGGAAGACGCGCACCGGCAGAACGCGCCCAGGUUCCAGGCAUUGGGUUGGUGAUUGAAAGAUGCAAGUGCUAUCAUCCAGGUUCCAAACACGAUUCCAGCAACAUUAAUUCAUGGUCGACGGACUAGGGUCUAGCUUUCAAAGGAAGAUUGACAUUCCACACAAUCUAUCGAAUUUCAUGUACAUUUUGCUUCUCCUUAUCGUGUACACUAAACUGUUUGCAUUUGGUCACAACAUCUGCUUCUGGUAGGAACAAAAAUCACAAUCACCGACGAAUGGAGAGCAGCAGCUGGCUGCUAUCUACAU